GUAAAAAACAAAUAAAUAAAAUAGGAUUGGUUUAGAUGGGAUUGUCUUACGUCCGACGCGGCCCUGAAUGCAGCAUUUACGCAGUCGUCACUUCCUGAAUCAGACUUUUCCUGCUGAACAUGGCGGCGACCUUGUGUGCAAAAUUACUACCGAAACCAGGAUGGCUUCCCCUCACACAGAGUGUUCGCCACGGCUCCAAGGCGGUGACUCGCCACAGGAGACCGAUGCACCUCCUCAAGCAGAAGAUCCUGGCUGUCACUGAGUACGUCCCUCCGAAGCGGCCUUUUCCUCCCGGCGCAUAUCCAUCCGAAACCAAAAGAGUCCAGGAGGAAUCUCCUUUCGCCAUCCUCUUGAAAAAGCAAUUGGAGAAAAUGUUCCAGGACUGUAAGAUGGUCGCUGUGGUCCAGAACAACGCCUGCAAUGCUGAAGACAUGCUGACUCUCAGGCACAGACUUUAUAAACACGGCAUCACUGUCAGGUUCUUCCCCAACCCGGUCGCAAGGUCGUUCCUGAGCAGCAGCGUUUACUGUAACAUGGCUCCUCUGUUCAUCGGCCCGAUAGUCCUGUUUGUUAGUAAAGAGCCAAAGGUGAAGCAGAUGCUGACGAUUCUGAGAGCCAGUCCACAGAUGAUACUCGUGGGAGCCUGUAUAGACAACACGUUGCUGAGUGCACAAGGGGUAGUGAGCUACUCCAAACUGCCGUCAAUCACCGUAGUCCAGGGCGAGCUGGUCAGCGGGCUGACGAUGCUGACCUCCCACACGGCCUCCCUGAUGCAGCGCCACCCGGUCCACCUGUCCGCCCUGCUCCAGCAGCACGUCAAACAGCAGAGCUCGGACGACAGCGUGGAGGAGGCCACGUAGAGCUUCGGAGGAAACUACCGGGACCGUUGCCUCGCAGAUUUCCUGCUGCUUGGAACGACAAGGGGACUGCUGGGUUGGAUGCACACUUUAGAUUUUAUUAUAAAUUUAGUGCCAAAAGUUCCAGGCAACUUUUUUUUUUUAAGAUUAGAAGAACUCUGCAAAAACAAAAAUCUUAAAAAUUUGAAUGGAGCAAUUCAAUUGGUGCUAAAUUAGACUAAAUUGUACAAUGUGCAUCCACCCAUAGGGGCACUGUGGCUGCUGUUGACUGUUUUCAGUGCACCGCAACCUCUCAGUGGAAGUGUUGUAUGGACAGUGCUGCAAAGGAAUUCCUUUAUUUAAGGAUAUGGUCACAUAUAAAUAAACUAUGUCAACACAAUCUCUCAUUGUUUUGGGGAUUUAAGAUGUUUGGAUUAAUCAGACGUGUUUAAAAUUGGAAUUUCUAAUUGUCAGAAAUCCGUGUUUCUUCUUGUUCCUGCAGUGUGAUGUUGGAAUGAUGUCUGUGCAGAGUUUGACACUAGAAGGAUGUUUUCACGUUCAGCUGCUUAAAGUGGAAAGUUUCUCUGUACUCAUGGAAAAUCGAGUCUACGAGCAUGAUUUGUCAGUCCUGGUUCAGUAUCCAGCUUCUACAAUGUGAUCCACUGGUGCACAGACCCUGAGAGUGGACUUUACAUUGAAGGAGGAGACAUCUUGUGUGCAGCAGGAAAACUUAAUAAAUUAACUAAAUUUG